AUGUCUACGAGAAGGACUAGGGAGUUUACGUUAACGGAAAGUGAGAUUUUGGAAUAUUUAGUAGCUGAUAAUAAUGGCGACGAGGAUGGACUUCUUUUGGACGAAGAAGAUCAACAAUUUCUGGCGCAAGACAUUGAUGAAGGUCUUUCCAGCGUUGAGAUUGAACCUAGCAUUCCUCCGAGUGUUAGCGAAAAUAUACAGAAUGAAGAGAAGCGAUUGCAACAAGAAAUUCCACAAACAAGCACAGAAACUGUACCCUCCUUCAACUGGAGAAAAAACUCCUACAUACCGCAUCAAUUUCAUGAUCAAGAAGGCUACAAAUAUGGCGAAGUUAAUAUUUUGGAUAGUCUUACUAGUUCAAAUUUCUUUCCUAUAAAUAUUUUCAAUGCAGUUACGAAUUUCGAUCAAUUAAUUGACGACAUUAUUGUACCUGAAUCGGAACAAUACGCAUUGCAAAAUGGAAGGUCUUUUAUUCUCUCUAGUGCUGAGGCCAAGAGAAGUUUUCCAUCUUCAGUAACCACAAAUAAGUCGAUAAGUCAUACCCCAAAACUGGAAACGCCUUCUCACUUUAUGGUGAAGGCAAAUAUAAGGAAGAGAUAUGGUCGUAUGGGCAGCCUACCGGAUCUGACGGAGCGAUCGCGGCCGCACAGCAUCCGGACUGCGGCGCGGACCGUGUCCGAUCCGCACCGGCACCGCACAAUUAUCACUCAGAUACCCGUAAAUACAAUAUACAAAAAGGAAUGGCCGUGGAGAAAAUCGAAAGCACCAAUAAAAGUUCCUGCUGUUGUGGCUAAUCGGCGAAGAGAUUCGGCCGCAUCUUCAGUCGGUGCGGCCUCAGUUCGUCGCCUCAUCACCAGACAACCUCCGAAAAUACCGAAGCCUCUCGUAACUCGUUUUACUCUGCUAUGUGUAGCCAGUGGGCUCUGUUCGACUGCCCUCCUACCUUUUACAGCCUUCGCGGGUGCGGAGGCUGGUGCCAUGCCGCUCGCGAUCAUGCACGCUACAGCAGCAGUAGUUGCACCAUUUUCUCCAAUCAUAUUACAGAAAUUGGGAACGAGGAUUGCGAUAACGACAGCGCACGUCCUGGUCUGCAUCCUUUUGACGGCGCAUACAAUAGCUACACCACUUUCGAUUCUUUUACCAUUGUAUGCGAUAUGUGGCAUAACACUGUCCCCGAUGUCGUUGGCGCUAUUUGUAUCGGCGUCCACGUUAUCUCAGGCGGCUGGCGAUGAGUGUAGAAGAAAGGUGGCUUUACGGAGGGCAUUAAGAGCUCUUCGGGCAGCGCAAGACUUAGGUCUCGUGUUUGGAUCGCUCUUACUCGGAGGUGCACUAAUGAUUUGGCCGGACAACCUCUCACCACCACAGCUUACGUUGACUUCAGAUGAUAACUCCUCCAUCACGAAAUGGUCCGAGGAAUACUCAUUGGAUGACGAUUAUGAGGAAAGGACGUGUGGAUCGGCAGGAUGUCCCGGCGUCCAGUUCCUGCUGGGUUCGUCUCUGAGUGCCGACGGUCGGAGGUUCCUCGUCGCUCUAUGGGCGACGCUUGUUUUAGCCGCGGCUUGCCUUGGUUUUUACGGCGCCGCAUCCACCCCCGCUCCCCCACCUGAUACGCGCUCUGUCGUGAAGGACCCCAGAGCACUAUUAGGCGCCCCCAUGGGACUAUUCAUUGGUCUUCAGCAAGGAUUCAUUUAUACGUCUUACAUCAAGUGGUACGGCGUUUGCGUGGGGGGCUGGACGGGCGCGUGGCGCGCGCUGUGCGGCGCGGGCGCGCUGCAGGGGCUCGCCGCGGGCACGCUGAGCAUGGCGGCGGCGCGCGGGCGGCGGGGCGCGCUGGCGGCGGGCGGCGCCGCGGCGCACGCCUCGCUGCUGCUGGCGCUGCUGCGUUGGCGCGCGGAGCGAAGCGACCUCGCCCUCCCCGCCGUAGCAGCGGCGGCGUGGGGCGCUUGCGCGGCGCUGUGGGAUGUUUUACAGGCGGGUGUGUGCGUGGGAGGGGGUGGCUGGCGCGGGCCUUGGUCAGCCACGCUUUGUGCGCGGCACGCAGGGCUGGCACUGGCGUGCGCCGCGCGAUCUCUCCUCUGCGUGCGGACACAACUCGCGGUACUCGCUCUGUCCCUCGCAUCAGCACUCGCUGCGCAGGCAACCCUAGAACUACGCUUGCGCCGCACGGACCGACAUCGCUCCUAG